GCAGCUCGCCGCGUCCCGCAUCCUCCGCCUCGUGCCCAGCGCGUGCAGCCUGCACCAUGAGCACUGUUGUCUCCUGCCAAGAAGUGAGCUUUGCAGGGGGCCAGCACUACAACUGGCCCGGUCCCUGUCCCGUCCCGACGUCAGCGCACACUGUUGACGUUGCCAAGGAGACGGUGGUUUCUUUCUGGGCCGCCGCCCCCCCGGACAACGCCGUGUGCCAGCGCGAGCCGCUCCAGCACGAAAUUAUCCAUCCUUUGGAUUAUGUGAACAACCCCGACCCUGUCUGGACAGAUCACCUAUCUCCACAACUGCUGAGGAACAAGCAGCUUCAGGACACAUUGUUGCAAAGAGAAGAAGAGCUUGCACGACUGCAUGAAGAAAACAGCAAGCUGAAAAAAUUCCUGAACUCUUCAUUUGUGAAAUGCCUGGAAGAAAAAGCAAAGAUAUUACUUUCUGGUCAGCAAAACAAUGGCAAGAUCAGAAAACGGAUUUCACAGGAUGUGGAAGGACCUUGUGCCAGCCAGCUGCUUUCCAAUGGUCAUGGCAAACGAGUCUGUCGUAACGUCUCCCUGGAGUUCUGCUCCACGGAGGAGCUGGCUGCAGCCUCACCCAUAGAUUCUUGGAUUCUGCAGACUCUGGGCUUAAAGGACCAGAACACACCUGACCCACCCAAGCAACAAAAUGACAGUGCUGAUUGCUCCACACACUACAGCACCCACAUCAGUCCUGUAGAUCAUUAUGCCCUCCGCACCAACACCAACCCCUCUGCAUACUACAGUUGCCCCUAUGACUACUCCACUGCCUUCAAUGUUUACACCAACUUACCCUUGCACUCCAGUGUCACUUCUACUGAGAUGUUGCGGUCUCCAUUGCCAGGUACACAACAUACACCUGGUUCCCUGGAUCACCACAACUUAACAUCAUCAUCUUUGCUGGAGACUUCUGUUCCACAGAGUCUGGGAUCUGACACACUGCAGACGCAUUUCUCUUCAUCAGGGGCAAACACUGGCCAAUAUUCAUCCCCAUGCACUCCUCAAGGGCGAACAGACUUAGCCUUCCGAAUGUCCCUGAGCCCCUCGAGCAGUGUGAGGACACACAGCUUUCCCCAGGGACAAGCAUUUGUUAGAAGGGACACACUUGGGGGUUGGAACUUUACCUGGAUCCCCAAACAUGCCCCUUAGUUGUAAGAUGCUGCCAGACAAACAUUUGCAUGAACUGUGAGACACAUGGAAGCCCUGCUGCUGUGGGAGGACUGAAAAACCAGCAUUUUCCAGUGACUGAAAGACAUUGUCAAGCAAACAUCCUGUAGAUGGAGUUCAUUGCAUAUGAAAUAAGUCAUACAGCUGUCCA